UAUGCCAGAAAAAGUUUCGUUUACAAAAGAGAGUGAAAAGCUUCUCACGUGUAAGGGAGCAGGAAAGAAGGAGUACGCCGCUUCCUUUUUAGCAGCUUUUACUCUUUAAGCAAGUGUAAUUCCCAGUGGCAGAGGGCAGAGCCCACUUCAGUGGGACCUCCCUCCAAACACGCCGGGAUCCUCUACUUCCACCCUGAGCAAAGCAGGCGCCUUCACAAAGGAGUAAAAACCUCCCAGCUGCCUCCGGCAGCAUCGGAAUAGAGAUGUCUACGGGGAAGGUCUGUUGUCUGGUGCUGCUGACCCUGGGGGUGCUGGCUGUGGUUCUUACACUUGUGGUCAUCCUGACUCAACCCAGGUGUGGUCCUCAGCAGUACCUGCACGGCGCCGUGGCUGCUGACACUGAGACCUGCUCUGUCAUCGGCCGGGACAUCCUCAAAAGUGGAGGCUCAGCUGUGGAUGCUGCCAUCGCUGCCUUGAUCUGCACCUCGGUGAUGAACCCUCAGAGUUCAGGCCUGGGUGGUGGGGUUGUAUUUACCAUCUAUAAUGCCAGCAAAGGAACAGUGGAGGUGAUCAACGCCCGUGAGACGGUCCCACGAGUGUUUCCACACAACUUACUGUCUGGCUGCACUGCUGGUUUCCCUGUUGGUCCCGGCUGGAUCGCUGUACCAGGAGAACUUCGGGGGUAUGAAGCAGCCCAUAGGCGGUACGGCCGCUUACCAUGGAAAGCCCUGUUUGAACCAACCAUCAAGGUCCUUUCAGAGCCACUUGUCAUUUCCCCAGUUAUGGAGAAGUUUAUUCAUCACCCAGCCUUUGCCACUCUAGGAAAAAGCCUGUGCCCACUCCUUUGUGAUGGUCAGAGGUUUUUGAAGCGUGGAGAGACCUUCAGGUGGCCAGCACUGCAGCAAACACUGACGGUUGUAGCAGAAAACGGAGCUACAGCAUUUUAUGAGGGACAGAUAGGAAAGGCCCUGGUGGAGGACAUUAGGAAAGCUGGGUCCAGCCUGUCACUGGAGGACCUUAAGGCAUACAAAGCAGAGGUGUCCUCAGCUCUGAACAUCACCCUGAACAACCACACCACAGUGUUUUCUCCUGGACCACCCAUGGGAGGUGCUGUGCUCAUGUUCAUCCUCAAGAUACUGGAAGAGUAUAAGCUCCAUGAAGCAUCACUAGCAACACCCGAGGAGACGGUAGAAACCUACCAUCGCAUCGCAGAGGCCCUGAAGUUUGGCAACAUGCUUAAAUCCAGCAUGCGUGACCCAGCCUUUUCUGAAGCUCAGGAGACUGUGGGGCCCAUGCUGUCUGACGAGCUUGCUGAGCUUGCCAGACACCGAAUAGAUGCCCGUGGUGACCACCCCCUUACCCAUUACAACUUGUUGGAGUCCAUCUACAGCCACAGAUACAAAAGCAAGGGCACAAGUCACGUCUCUGUGCUUGCUGCAGAUGGCAGUGCUGUGUCCGCCACCAGCACCAUCAACUACCCGUUUGGCUCUUUUGUAUAUUCUAACCAAACUGGGAUCAUUCUAAACAAUGAACUUGCUGAUUUCUGCACAGCAAACAGAAGCAUUAAACCAGGAGAGAAGCCUCCCUCAGCAAUGGUGCCUUCCAUUCUCAUCUCCAAGACAGGAGACAUGCUGGUGAUUGGAGGAGCAGGUGGAACCUGGAUUGUCAGUGCUACUAGUAUGGCAAUUAUAAACAAGCUGUGGUUUGGCUACGACUUGGAACAUGCUAUUUCAGCUCCCAUCAUGCAUACUGAAGGUGACAGUAUCCUGUUUGAGGACCACUUCAGUGAGGAGAUUAGAAGCAGUCUGCUCAGAAGAGGACAUAAGGAAAAGAAAGUUAAGUUUGCAAUGAAUGUUGUGCAGGGAAUUUCCAAGGAAGGAAAAUGCAUCUCUGCUUACUCUGAUAAAAGGAAGCUGGGGAAGUCAGCUGGGUAUUAGCAUGAAACGCCAUCACAGCUCACAAAACUACAGGAUUCAGAAUGUACUUUGGCUUGGACAUGCUAGUAUUGCCUGUUCCUGUCAGGAUGCCUCGGAGAGCGUGGGUAAAACUUGUGCUUAAACCCAAUUCCAGAGAAUGCAAGUCACCCUCAGGCAAUACAACAGGUCAGCCAGCCUUGUUUAGAGCUACAUCCUCCCUCACUUAUCUGAUACAUGGAAAAACAUAUUUCUUGAGCAUGUCAGCUAUUCAGAGUAAGAUAAUACAAAAUGGGAAAGGAAAACUGGUCCAAACCCCACUGAGAACACUGUGAUGGCCCAGAUGUAUCUUCCAUUCCUCCUGGAGAGUCCCAGUGAAGGGUAGAAUUGGUUUCUUUCAGGCUGUUGCCACAAUAAGCUAAUCAUUAUUAUUGUGACUCAGCAAUGUGAAUUAAGUAACUAUUCUGGUUAUGAGGAUUAGGAGCAGUGUCUGUAGGGUCUGAACUGUAAAAUCAUUAAGUAAGUGUCCAGGCUUAGAGGGUGGGUUUGGAAAGGGAAGAGAGUAAAACCCCACACUCUUCCUCUUUGGUUCCCUACCCAAAGAAGCCCAAUUUUUCCCAAAGGAGGCAGGUGAAAUUGGCUCACCAUAGCUCACAUCUGCUGUCCUACUACACUCUUGCUUUGGGGAUGCAAAGGACCCAGAGUAACUGUGCCAAAGCAUCCUUCAACCCUGCACAUUGGUGACUUUGAGAAUAAGCCUCCUAUCGGACAAUGUGUGUCCCCUGGUCCUGGGGUGGGCAGGCUUCAGCUCAGCUCCCCAGGGGCACUUCUCCCUGUGGUGAGAGGAGUCCCAAAUCAUGCCAGUUCUCCCUCCACAUGCCAGCAGAAGAGAAGUCAUUUGGGAAGGCAGGUGAGGCCUGCAGGGGAAGAGCUGUUACUUUGGGGAGCUUUAGAACUUUCUUCAACAUGCAAAGGAUAUGUGCCCAGAAGCCUUGUUUGUAGCCAUGAGCUCAGCCGGGCCAGGCAAACACCACGGCUUGCUGAGAAGUUAUGCAGCACUACCAAGCAUUACCACAGUGCUUUUCUCCUGUAGUCUAAGGACAUGCUCCAACUCCCUCUUACCACAGCUAGUCUCUGGGCAGAACUUGUACACUGUCUUAAAAGAACCAUUACAAAGAGAGGAAUCCUUUGGAGGAGAGAACGGAACUCAUGUGGCUGGACACAAAAGGCCUUUUGCAGUUAUUUCAUAACUUUACUUCGCUCAAAAUGGCCAAGAAUCAAACAUUAAAAAAAAAAAAACCUAAAAAACCCCCAAAACCAACCUCCCCAAAGCUUUUCUCAAAUAGCUGGGACAACUUCCCAUGACUCCCAAGAACUCCAUCUUCUGAAAGCUGAUGAGCUGUACUUCCCUAUGGGCACAUGGGGAAUGUAUGUGUGUUUCUGAAAUUGAAGCCAAACCAGAGCAAGGCACUAGCAGAAGCCUCCCGUGUGUGUUUUAGUUCAUAUCUCACACAUAGCCCAUGAUAUUCCUAGUACCCAAGCAAACAAAAUUCCUCUGUAAAUGCCAUAACAAGUACUUGUGCACAUACUACUAAAAACCAAACAAGGCCACACACAAACCCACUUGCAAACAGGGCCAGAUAGGUUUCAAGUCUACAUUCUUACCCACAAAGUCUGUCCAAUAAAGCCAUUGACGUGGUGGAAUCUCAGCCUUCAGUUGCUCUUUAAUGAUGUGCUGAGUCAAGCUGACUAGAGCCAGACACAUGUUUUCCUUCAGAAGUUGUACUCUAAGGACUGUAGCAUGACUGCAGCUUGUAUAUGAAGGGAUUCUGAUGUAUGAGCUUAAUGAGAGAAUUCUGAGCUGCCAGAUCAUAGCCGCAAGCACUUAAUCAUGCAUCUGAAAGACAAGUUUGUUAUGUGGAGAGCCAGCUCCAGGCACUUUCCCCUCCUUCCUCGUCCUAGUGGAAUAUAUCUUAAAUCCCCUAGUUCAGGAAGGACUACUGGUUUCUCCAUUAGUGGUGCUCACUCAAGCAGAAGUGGCACAGCACCCUCUUAGUAAACAUUAAAAUGUGGCUGAAUGUGAAUAAGGCCAGGGAAUCAGCCUAAAGUUUGCAGGGGGGGCAGUUUGUGUUCAUCUGAAAGGGAUUCCUUUGGGGGUUUUUGACAGUCAUAUUCAAUCUACAUAAUUCACUACUGUCAUUAACUCCCUCCUUCACUUCAGCUACCAGUUUCUGGGUACAUUGGUUCUAGUGUCGGAAAUAACCCCCUAUGGGGUGCACCUAUGGGCACCAGACACCAUCUGUGGCUCAUGUUUCAGGACUACGCAGACUAACUAGACCAGAUGCUGGCUUUAGCCAGAUCUGAAGUUAUUUCUGGCCAGCCCAACUGAGCUAGAGUUUACAAAAACCAACUGAGAACAGCACUGCCUGCAGACAGGCAGAGUGGCUCUCCCUUCCCUUUUAAGCUUUGGGCAGCCUUAGGCCAUGCUCCAUCAUGUCUGGGUAGCAGAAAAAAAACAAGUCACCAGGUAACUAAGCCUCCAAUUGCAUUCACUUCUGAUGACUUCUGUAAUCCAGCCCAUCACCUUGCCACAGUACAGCAGUAUCACAUCUGCUUCCCACCAAGAAAGUGUGGGAAUAUUAUCUGUAGUCCAGAGCUCACUGCGAUUUAACAACUUUGCUACUAACACUGAAACUGAGCCAAAUAAGCAGUUUAUAAAACCCACCAGAGCUUUAAUUUGCAAGAAGGAAAGGAAUGAGAGUGCGGGUGUCCCACUGCAGCAGUCCUGUAGUCCUCACUAGCAAACAUCUGGUGAAGCUGAGGAACUGCACCUCCCGUAGGAUCUCUGCUCUCAUACUGCCACCUCCUCACCGCUGCUGAGAUCUGCUUGAGUCAGGAGCCUCCGACUCUGGUCUCUCCCCAUUCAUGUUCAUGCCAACAGGAGAGAGUUAUUUUUGUACUUAGCUUACACAGAUUGUUAAAGCAUCACUGUACAGAAGCCGCUCUAUUUUCUGGUGAAGUCUUUAAAUUAUAUUUUUAAUAAAGUGUUUUAAACCA